UCCCGCGUGCAUUUAUAACUCGAUAUACGCACGCUAAGCAUGGACCAAUUCUUCACUAUUGCUACUAAGGAAUUUGCGCAGCUUUUCAUAACAAAUAAAUUGUCAGUGGUGGGAGAGGUCAGGCUUUUUGUUGGAUUUCACGUGUAUCUCUGGCAUAGUUCAUCCCAUCUUUCUCAUUCAGUCCUGCCUUGUAAAAAAGUUUCCUAAUUUAUCAGAUGAUCAUUAAAAAAUAUCUUGUCAUGUGAAAGCGAUGACGUCACAAUUGGCUAAAGGACAAUUAAUGGCAAUCAGUGGUGUGAAAUAAACCACGUCUCUAUCAUGCCCUCGGGUCUUAUUCAUUUUCUGGUCGGCCGACUCAGAGAGACAACAAGACGUGUCUCAAAAUUUUCUUUGUUAAGCAAAACUACAGCUUUCCUAACUUUUUGCGGCUCAUGGAGUUGCAGAUCUGACCAACGCAAAACAAGUUUUGCAAAACGCUAAAAACCGUGAUAUUUAACUCAUUGGGAAGGACUCUGUCAACUCCUUGCAAGCUUGUGUCAGUCGGUUAACGUAUCAGUUUUAAAUGGACGGACUGAGGAAAUUUACAGAAUUUUCCACCUUUCUUAUAGUGCUGUUCUGUCUGGCGUUUAAGAAUGCGUGUGAAGGUCAAACUGCCUCAAUCAGCCAUUUCAGUGUGACUCCAAAUCAAAGCACCAUUGCUGGACUAGUUUCAGAAUCAAGCCGCAGUUUCAGUGUGUCUCCAAGUUCAAGCACAAGUGCAAGUGUGUCUCAAAGAUCAAGCAGCCGUGCCACUGUGUCAAACAGUUCAAGCAGCAGCGCUGCUGUGUCGGAUAGUUCAAGCAGCAAUGGCAGUAUAUCUAAAAGUUCAAGCAGCAGUGUCAGUGUGUCGCCAAGUUCAAGCACCAGUGCCAGUGUGUCGGACAGUUCAAGCAGCAGUCUCAGUGUCUCUGACAGUUCCAGCAGCAGUGCCAGUUUGUCUGAUAGCUCCAGAAGCAGCGCUAGUGUUUCAGAGUCCGUAAGGCCAAGUAGCAGUGCCAGUCUGUCUGCCAGUUCCAGUAGCAGCGCUAGUGUUUCAGAAUCCGUAAGUUCCAGCAGCAGUACCAGUGUCUCUGACAGUUCCAGCAGUAGCGCUAUUGUUUCUAAAUACGUAACUUCCAGCAGCAGCAAUGCCAGUGUGUCUGAAAGUUCCAGAAGCAGCGCUAAUUUUUCAGAAUCCCUAAGUUCCAGCAGCAGUACCAGUGUGUCGCCAAGUUCAAGUAGUAGAGUCAUUGUGUCGCCAAGUUCUAGCAGCGGUGCCAGUGUGUCGGACAGUUCCAGAAGCAGCGCUGCUGUUUCAGAGUCCGUAAGUUUGAGCAGCAGUACCAGUGUGUCACCAAGUUCUAGCAACAGUAUCAGCUUGUCUGACAGUUCCAGCAGCAGCGCUAGUGUCUCAGAUUUUCUAAGUACCAGCAGAAGUGCCGGGGCGUCUGACAGAGUCACCAGCAGCGCACGUGUUUCUGAGUCCAGCAGAAGUACCAGUGUGUCUGACAGUGUCAGCAGUAGCCCUAGUGUUACUGAGUCCAUCAAUUCAAGCAAUAGUCUCAGUGCGUCUAACAGUUCCAGCCGAAGCGCAAGUGUUUCAGAGUCCGUAAUUUCAAGCAUCAGUGUCAGUGUGUCGUCAAGUUCCAGCAGCAGUGCCGCUAUGUCGCCAAGCUCCAGCAGCAGUGCCAGUGUGUCUGACAGUUCCAGCAGCAGCGCUAGCGUUUCAGAGUCCGUAACUUCAAGCAGCAGUGUCAGUGUCUCGCCAAGUUCAAGCAGAAUUGCUACUGUGUCACCAAGUUCCAGCAGCCGCGCUAGUACUUCAGAGGUCGUAAGUUCAAGAAGCAAUAGCAGUGUGUCAAAGAUUUCAAGCAGAAGUGCCACUGUGUCGCCAAGUUCCAGCAGCAGCGCUAGUACUUCAGAGGUCGUAAGUUCAAGCAGCAGUAUCAGUGUGUCUGAAAUUUCAAGCAGCAGUGCCAGUGUUUCAGAGGCCGUAAAUGCAAGUAGCAGUGCCAGUGUCUUUGAUAGUUCCAGCACCAGCGCUAAUGUUUCAGAGUCCGUAAUUUCAAGGAGCAGUACCCGUACAUCGCCAAGGUCUAGUAGCGGUGUCAGUAUGAAUGAGAGCUUAAGCAGCAUUGCCACUGUGUCGGCAAGUUCAAGCAGCAGUGCCACUGUGUCGCCAAGUUCCAGCAGCAGCGCUGGUGUUUCACAGUCCACAAUUUCCAGCAGCAGUGCCAGUGUGUCCGACAGUUUCAGCAGGAGCGAUAGUGUUUCAGAGUUCAUAAGUUUAAGCAGCAGGACCAGUGUGUCGUCAAGUUCUAGCAGCAAUGUUAGUGUGUCUGACAGUUCAAGCAUCGGCGAUAGUGUUUCAGAGUUCAUAAGUUUAAGAAGGAGGACCAGUGUGUCGCCAAGUUCUAGCAGCAGUGCCACUGUUUCGCCAAGUUCCAGAGGUAGUUUCAGUGUGUCUGACAGUUUCAGCAGCAGCGUAAGUGUUUCAGAGUCUGUAAGGUCCAGCACCAAGGCCAGUGUGUCUGACAGUUCGAGCAGCAGCGCUAGUGUUUCAGAGUCCAGAAGUUCGGGCAGCAGUGCCACUGUGUCGCCAAGUUUUAGCACCAGUGCCACUGCUUCGCCAAGUGCCAGAAGCAGUUCCAGUGUUCUCAGUUCCAGCAGCAGCGCAAGCGUUUCAGAGUCCGGAAGGUCCAGCAGCAGGACAAGUGUAUCUGAAAGUUCCAGCAGCAGCACAAGUGUUUCAGGGUCCAGAAGUUCAAGUAGCAGUGCCACUGUGUCGCCAAGUUUUAGCAGCAGAACCAAAGUGUCUGACAGUUCAAGCAGCAGCGCUAGUGUUUCGCAUUCCAUAAGAUCCAGUAGCACUGUCAGUGUGUCUGAAAUUUCAAGCAGCAGUGCCAGUUUUUCAGAGUCGGUAAGUUCAAGUAGCAGUGCCAGUGUGUCUGACAGUUCAAGCAGCAGUGCAAGUGUGUCGCCAAGUUCAAGCAGAAGUGCCGCAGCCUCCGUAAGUUCAAACAGCAGUUCCAGUGUGUCUGAUCUUUUGGGCAGCAGCGCUACUGCCACUGUAUCGCUAAAUUUUAGCAGCAGUGCCAGUGUGUUUGACAGUGUCAGCACCAGCGCUAGUGUUUCAGAUUCCGCAGGUUCCAGCAGCAGUGUCACCGUCUCUGAAAGUUUAAGCAGCAGUGCCAGUGUAUCUGACAAUUCCAGCAGCAGCGCUAAUGCUUUAGAGUCCGUAAGUUCAAGCAGCAGCUCAACCCUGUCGACAAAUUUAGGCCUUUCCACUGUUUCACCAAGUUCCAGCACCAGUACCCGUGUGUCUGACAGUUUAAGCAGCAGCGCUAGUGCCACAGUCUUGUCACGUUUUAGCAGCAGUGUCAGUGUGUCUGAGAGUUCCACCACCAGCGCUAGUGUAUCAGAUUUCGCAGGUUUCAGCAGCAGUGUCAGCGAGUCUGAAAGUUCAAGCGCUAAUGUUGCAGAGCCCAUAAGUUCAACCAGCAGUACGGAUUUGACGGCAAGUUUAAGCAGCACCACUCUGUCGCCCAGGUCCAGCAGCAGUGCCAGUGUGUCCAAUAGUUCAAUCAGCAGCGCUAGUUUUUCAGCGUUUGUAAGUUCCAGCAGCAGUGCCAUUGUCUCCGACAUUUCCAGCAGUAGUGCUAGUGUUUCAGAGUCCGUAAGUCCAAGGAGCAGGCUCACUGUGUCUGACAGUUUCAGCAGCAGCGCUAGUGUUUCAGAAUCCGUACGUUCCAGCAGCAGUGCCAGUGUGUUUGACACUUCCAGUAGCAGCCUUAGUGUUUCAGAAUCCGCAAGUUCCAGCAGCAGUGUUAGUGUGUCUGACAUUUCCCGCGGCAGUGCUAGUGUUGUAGAUUACGUAAGUUCAAGCAGCAGUGCCACUGUGUCGUCAAGCUCUAGCAGCAGUACCAGUGUGUCUGACAUUUCAAGCAGCAGUACUAGUGUUUCAAAGUCUGUAAGUUCAAGCAGCAGCAACAUAAGUGUGUCGCCAAGUUCCAGCAGUAGGCUUAGGGUGUCUGACAGUUUCAAAAGCAGCACUGAUGUUUCAGAGUUUGUAAGUUCAAGUAGCAGUGCCACUGUGUCGCCAAGUUCCAGCAUGAGUUCUAGAGUGUCUGACAGUUCCACCAACAGCGCUAGUGUUUCAGAGCCCGUAAGUUCCAGCGGAAGUGCCAGAGGGUCUGAGAGUGCCAGCAGCAGUCCUAGUAAUUCAGAAUCCGCAAGUUCCAGUAGCAGUACCAGUGUGUCCAACAGUUCCAGCAGCAGCGCUAGUGUUCUAGAUUCCGUAAGUUUAAGCAGCAGUGCCACUGUGUUGUCAAGCUCGAGCAGCAGUGCCAGUGUGUCUGACAUUUCAAACGGCAGUGCUAGUGUUUUAACGUCUGUAAGUUCAAGCAGAAGUACCAGUGUGUCGCAGAGUUUAAGCAGAAGUGCUACUGUGUCGCCAAGUUCCCGCACCAGGGUUAGCGUGUCGGACAGUUCCAGCAGCAGCACUAUGGUUUCAGAGUCCGUACGUUCAAGCAGCAGUACCAUUUUGUCGUCAAGUUCCAGCAGCAGUGCCAGGGUGUCUGACAGUUCCAGCAGCCCCAGGGGCUCAGAAUCCGUAAGUUUGAGCAGGAGUGCCAGUAUGUAUGACAGUUUUAGCAGCAGCUCUAGUGUUUCAGAGUCAGUAAGUUCAAGCAGCAAUGUCAGAGUGUCGGCAAGUUCAAGCAGAGGUGCUUCUCAUUCCCCAAGUUCCAUCAGCGGCGCUAGUGUUUCAAAGUCCGUAAGUUUAAGCAGCAGUACCAGUUUGUCGUCAAGUUUAAGCAGCAGUGCCACUGUGUCGCCAAGCUCAAGCAGCAGUGCCACUGUGUCACCAAGUUCUAGAAGCAGGGCCAGUGUGUCUGACAUUGCCAGCAGCGCUGGUGUUUCAGAGUCGGUAAGUUCAAGUAGCAGUGCUAGUAUGUUUGACAGUUCCAGCAGCGGCGCUAGUGCUUCAGAGUCCGGAAGUUCAAGCAGCAGUAUCAGGGUGUCGCAGAGUUCAAGCAGAAGUGCUUCUGUGUCACCAAGUUCCAGCAGCAGUGUCAUUGUGUCUGAAAGUUUUAGCAGCAGCACUAUUGUUUCAGAGUCCGUAGGUUCAGGCAGCAGUGCCACUGUCUCGCCACGUUUUAGCAACAGUGUUAGUGUGUCUGAUAAUUCCAGCAGCGGCGCUAGUGUUUCAGAGUCAGUUAGUCCAAGCAACAGUGUCAUUGUGUCUAUCAGUUCCAGCAGCAGCCCUAGUGAUUUAGAUUCCGUAAGUUCUAGCAGCAGUGUCAGUGUGCCUGACAGGUCAAGCAGCAUUGCCAGUGUUUCACCAAGUUCAAGCAGCAGCGCUAGUGUUUUACAGUCCGUGAUUUCUAGCAGCAGUGCCAGUGUGUCUGACAGUUCCAGCAGCAGCGAUAGGGCUUCAGAGUCCAUACGUUUAAGCAGCAGGACCAGUGUGGCGCCAAGUUCUAGGAACAGUGUUAGUGUGUCUGACAGUUCAAGCAUCAGCGAAAGUGUUUUGGAAUCUAUAAGUUUAGGCAGCAGGACCAGUGUGUCCCUAAGGUCUAGCAGCAGUGUCAAUGUGUCUGAUACUUCAAGCAACAGUGCCAGUGUAUCGCCAAGCUCAAGCGGACGUGUAAUUGUUUUCCUGAGUUCCAGCAGUAGUGCCAGUGUGUCUUACAGUUCCAAAAGGACCAAUAGUGUUUCACAGUCCUUAAGUUUAAGAAGCAGUACCAGUGUGUCGCCAAGUUCUAGCAGCAGUGUCAGUGUGUCUAAUAUUUCAAGAAGGAGUGCCAGUGUGUCGCCAAAUUCAAGCAGAAGUGCCACUGUUUCGCCAAGUUCCAGAGGUAGUGCCAGUGUGUCUGACGUUUUCAGCAGCAGUGCAAGUGUUUCAGAGUCCGUAAGUUCCAGCAGCAGUACCAUUGUGUCUGACAGUUCCAGCAGCAGCGCUAGUGUUUCAGAGUCCGUAAGUUCAAGUAGCAGUACCAGUUUGUUGCCAAGUUUAAGUAGCAGUGCCACUGUCUCGAAAAGGUCCAGUAGCAGCGCCAGUGUGUCUGACAGUUCCAGCAGCAGCGAUAGUGUUUCAGAGUCCAUAAGUUUAGGCAGCAGGACCAGUUUGGCGCCAAAUUCUAGCAGCAAUGUUAGUUUGUCUGACAGUUCGAGUAUCAGCGAUAGUGUUUCGGAAUCCAUAAGUUUACUCAGCAGGACCAGUGUGUCACCAAGUUUUAGCAGCACUGUCAAUGUGUCUAGUAAUUCAAGCAACAGUGCCAGUGAAUCGCCAACCUCAAAGAGACGUGCCAUUUUUUCCUUAAGUUCCAGCCGUAGUGCCAGUGCCUCUAACAGUUCAAGUAGCAGCGCUAAUGUUGCAGAGUCCAUAAGUUCAAGCAGCAGUACGGGUCUGUCGGCAAGUUCAAGUAGUAGUGCCACCGUGUCGCUCAGGUCCAGCAGCAGUACCAGUGUGUUUGACAGUUCCAGCAGCAGUGCUAGUGUUUCAAACUCUGUAUCUUCCAGCAACAAUGCAAGUGUGUCUGACAGGUCCAGCAGCAGCACUAUUGUGUUGAAGUCUGUAAGUUCAAGCAGCAGUGCCACUGAGUCGUCAAGCUCCAGUAGCGGUGUUAGCGUGUCAGACAUUUCCAGAAGCCGCGUUAGUCUUUCAAAUUCCUUAAGUUCAAGCAGCAGUACCAGUGUGUCGCAGAGUUCAGGCAGAAGUGCUACUGUGUCGCCAAGUUCCAGCAGCAGGGUCAGUCGGUCUUACAGUUCCAGCAGCACUACUAGUGUUUCAGAGUACGUAAGUCGAAGCAGCAGUGCCACUGUGUGGCAAAUUUCCAGCAGCAGUGCCAGCGUCUCAAACAGUUCCAGUAGCAGCGCUAGUGUUUUAGAAUCCGUAAUUUUCAGCAGCAGUGGCAGUGUGUUUGACAGUUCCAGCAGGAGCGCAAGUGUUUCAGAAUCUCUAAGUUUUAGCAGCAGCGCUAGUGUUCCAGAAUCCGUAACUUCAAGCAGCAGUACCAGUCUGUCGCCAAGUUUAAGCAGCAGUGCCACUGUAUCCCCAAGUUCUAGCAGCACUGCCAGUGUGUCUGACAGUUCCAGCAGCAGUGCUAGUGUUUCCAGCAGAAGCGCCAUUGUGUCUGUCAGUUUCAGCAGCAGCGCUAGUGAGUUCGUAAAUUCAAGCAACAGUGCCAGUUUGUCUGACGUUUCUAGUAGAGGCGCAAGCGUUUUAGAAACCGUAAGGUACAGCAGCAGUGCCAGUGUGUCGGACAGUUCAAGCAUCCCUUUCAGUGUCUCUGACAGUUCCAGCAGCAGUGUCAGUGUGUCUGAAAGCUUAGGCAGCAAUUAUAGUGUUUCAGAAUACGUAGGUUUAAUUAGCAGUACCAGUGUGUCCGACAGUUCUAGCAGCACCGCUAGUGUUUCAGUGUCCGUUAGUUUAAGCGGCAGUCCCACUGUUUUGCCAAGCUCCAGCAGCAUUGCCAGUGUGUCUGACAGUUCAAGCAGCAGCGCUAGUGUUUUAGUGUCCGUAAGUUCAAGGAGCAGUACCAGUGUGUCGCCAAGUUCAAGCGGAGGUGCUACUCUGUCGCCAAGUUCCAUCAGCAGAGUCAGUGUGUCUGACAGUUCCAGCAGCAACACUAAUGUUUCAGAGUCCGUAAGGUCAAGCAGCAGUGCCAGUUUGUCGCCAAGUUUUAACAGCAGUGCCGGUGUGUCUGACAGUUUCAGCAGCAACACAAGUGUUGCAGAUUCCGUUAGUUCUAACAGCAGUGUCAGUGCGUCUAAAAGUUCAAGCGGCAUUGCCAGUGUUUCAGGGUCCAUAAGUUCAAGAAGCAGUGCCAGUGUCUCUGACAUUUUCAGCGGCAGCGCAAGUUUUUCAGACUCGGUAAGUUCAAGGAGCAGUGCCAGUGUGUUGCCAAGUUCUAGCAGCAGCGUCAUCUUGUCUGACAGUUCAAGCAGCAUUGCCACUCUGUCGCCAAGUUUAAUCAGCAGUGCCACUAUUUCGCCAAGUGCCGGCAGCAUCGCUAUUGUUUUGGAGUCCGUAUUUUCCAGCAGCAGUACCAGUGCAUCUGAGAGUCUCGGCAGCAGCGAUAGUGUUUCAGAGUCCAUAGGUUUAAGCAGCAGCACCAGUAUGACGCCAAGCUCUAGCAGCAUUUUUAAUGUGUUUGAAAGUACAAGAAGCAGUUCCAGUGUGUUGUCAAGUUCAAGCAGAAAUGUUAUUUUUUUGCCAAGUUCCAGCAGUAGUGCCAGUGGGUCUUACAGUUCCAGCAGCAGCGCUAGUGUUUUAGAGUCCUUACAUUCAAGCAGCAGUACCAGUGUGUUCCCAAGUCUAAGCAGCAGUGCCCCUGUGUCGUCAGGUUCCAGCAGGAGUAAAAGUGUGUCUGAAAGUUUCAGGAGCAGUGCUAGAGGCAAUGUGUUGCCAAGUUUUAGCAGCAGUGCUGACAUUUCCAGCAGCAGCGCUAGUGUUUCAGAGUCCGUAAGUUCAAGCAGCAGUACCAGUGUGUCGCCAAGUUCAAGCAGAAGUGUCUAUGUGUCGGCAAGUUCCAGUAGCAGUUCUACUCUGUCGCCAAGUCCCAGUAGUAGUACUAGUGUGUCUGACAAUUCCAGUACCAGUGCUAGUGUUUCAGACUCCGUAAGUUCAAGCAGCAGUACCAGUGUGUCGCCAAGUUCAAGCAGCAGUGCCAACGGGUCUGACAGUUUUAGCAGCAGCGCUGGUGUUUCUGAUUCCGUAAGUUUAAGCAGCAGUCGUACCAGUGUGUCAGGGAGUUCUAGCAGUAGUUUCAUUGUGUCUUACAGUUCAAGCAGCAUUGCCACUGUGUUACCACGUUCCAGCAGCAGCACUAGUGUUUCAGAGUCCGUAAGUUCAAGCAACAGUGCCAGUUCGUCUGACGGUUCCAGGAGCAGCGCCAGCGUUUCAGAAACCGUAAGUUACAGCAGCAGUGCCAGAGUGUCGGACAGUUUAAGUAGCACUUUCAGUGUCUCUGACAGUUCCAGCAGCAGUGUCAGGGUGUCUAAAAGAUUAAGCAGGAGUUUCAGCGUUUCAGAAUACGUAAGUUUAAACAGCAGUACCAGUGUGUCGCCAAGUUCUAGGAGCAGUGUUAGUUUGUCUGACAGUUCAAGCAACAGAGCCAAUGUAUCGCCAAGUUCAAGCAGAAGUGCCACCGUUCAGUCGCCAAUUUCUAGCAGUAGUGCCGGUGUGUCUGACAGUUCAAGCAGCAGCGCUAGUAUUUUAGAGUCCUUACCUUUAAGCAGCAGUACCAGUGUGUCGCCAAGUUCCAGCAGCAGUGCCACUGUGUCGCCAGUUUUCAGCAGCAGUGCUAGUGUGUCUGACAGUUCAAGCCGCAGCGAUAGUGUUUCAGAGUCCAUAAGUUUAAGCAGCAGUACUAGAGUGUCGCCAGGUUCUAACAGCAGUGUCAGUGUGUCUGACAGCUCAAGAAGCAGUGUUAGUGUUUCGCCAAGUUCAAGCACAACUGCCACUCUUUCGCCAAGUUUCAGCAGUAGUGACAGUGUGGCUGACAGAUUAAGCAGCAGCGCUAGUGUUUUGGUGUACUUACGUUUAAGGAGUAGUAUUAGCGUGUCGCUAAGUUCAAGCAGGAGUGUCACUGUGCCACCAAGUUCCAGCAGCAGUACCACUGUGUCGCUAAGUUCCAGCAGCAGCCCUAGUGUUUCAGACUCCGUAAGUUCAAGCAGCAGUAUUAGUGUGCCGCUAAGUUUUAGCAGUAGUUUUAGUGUGUCUGACAGUUCAAGCAGCAUUGCAACUGUGUCGCCAAUUCUUAACAGUAGCGAAAGUGUUUUAGAGUCCAUAAUUUCCAGCAGCAGUGCCAGUGUGUCUGACAGUUCCAGUAGUAGCGAUAGUGUUUUAGAGUCCAUAAAUUUCAGCAGCAGUACCAGUGUGUCGCCAAGUUCUAGCAGCAGUGUCAGUGUGUCUGACAGUUCAAGCAGCACUGCCAGAGUGUCUGUCAGUUCCAGCAACAGCGUUAGUGUUUCAGAGUCCUUAAGUUUCAGCAGCAGUGCCAGUGUUUCUGACAGUUCCAACAGCAGUACCAGAGUGUCUAAUAGUUCAAGCAGCAGUGGCAGUUUGUCUACAAGUUCAAGUAAUAGUGUCAAUGUAUCGGACAGCGAAAGCAGCAGUGCCAAUGUUUCCCACAGUUCAAGAAGUAGUACCACUGUGUUUGACAGUUCAAGCCGCAGUUUCAAGUUGUCUACAAGUUCAAGUAGCAAUGCCAGUUUCUCUACAAGUACAAGUAAUAGUGUCAAUUUUUUUACGUGUUUGGGUAUCGGUUCUUGUUUGUCUAAAAGUUCAAGCAGCAGUGCCACUUUGUUGCCAAGUUCAAGCAGCGGUGUCAGUGUGUCAGACAGUUCAAGUAGCAGCGCCAGCGUGUCGACAAGUCCAAGCAGCCGUGUCAGGGUGUCAGAGUCCUUGUCUCACAGUUUAAGGAGCAGUGUCAGUGUGUUAUACAUUUCAAGUAGCAGUGCCAGCGUGUCGACAAGUCCAAGCAGCCGUGUCAGGGUGUCAGAGUCCUUGUCUUACAGGUUAAGCAGCAGUGUCAGUGUGUUAGACAGUUCAAGUAGCAGUGCCAGUGUGUCGACAAGUCCAAGCAGCCGUGUCAGGGUGUCAGAGUCCUUGCCUCACAGUUUCAGCAGCAGUGUCACAGAAUCAUCAGUCCUUAUUCUUUCAACCCCAUCGGAAUCAGUACUUUUGUCUUCUGCAGUUGUUCCAGGUCAAACAACCUCAAGCAGCCAUGUCAGUGUCACUCCAAACCAAAAAACCAUUGCCGGACUAGCUUCAAAAUCAAGCAGCAGUUUCAGUGUGUCUCCAAGUUUAAGCAGCAGUGCUAGCAUGUCUGGCAGUUCAAGCAGACGUGCAAGUGUGUCUCAAAGAUCAAGCAGCAGUGUCAGUGUGUCAAACAGUUCACGAAGCAGUGACACCGUGUCGGAUAGUUCAAGCAGCAGUGCCACUAUGUCGCUUAGCUCCAACAGAAGUGCCAGUCUGACUGACAGUUCCAGCAGCAUUGCCAGUGUGUCAGACACUUCAAGCAGCAGUCUCAGUGUCUCUGACAGUUCCAACAGCAUUGCCAGUGUGUCUGACAGUUCCAGCAGCAGCGCUAGUAUUUCCGAUUCCGUAAGUUCAAGCAGCAGUACCACUGUGUCGUCAAGCUCCAGCAGCAGUGCCAGUGUGUCCGAAAGUUCCAGCAGCGGCGCUAGUGUUUCACAGUUAUUAAGUUUUAGCACCAGUACUAGUGUGUCGCAGAGCUCACGCAGAAGUGUUACUGUGUCGCCAAAUUCUAGCAGCAGUGCCAGUGUGUCAGACAGCUCAAGCAGCAGUCUCAGUGUGUCUGACAGUUCCAGCAGCAUUGCCAGUCUGUCUGACAGUUCCAGCAGCAGCGCUAGUGUUUCAGAGUCCGUAAGUUCCAGCAGCAGUGCCACUGUGUCUGACAGUUCUAGCAGCAGCGCUAGUAUUUCAGAUUCCGUAAGUUCAAGUAGCACCAGCACUGUGUCGUCAAGUUCCAGCAGCAGUGCCAGUGUGUCUGACAGUUCCAGCAGCAGCCCUAGUGUUUCAGAAUUCGUAAGCUCCAGCAGCAGUGCCACUGUGUCUGAAAGUUCCAGCAUCAGCGCUCGUAUUUCAGAUUCCAUAAGUUCAAGCAGCAGUACCACUGUGUCGUCAAGCUCCAGCAGCAGUGCCAGUGCACCCGACAGUUCCAGUCGCAGCCAUAGUGUUUCACAGUUCGUAAGUUUAAGCAGCAGUACCAGUGUGUCGCAGAGUUCACGCACUAGUGUAAAUGUGACGCCAAGUUCUAGCAGCAGUGCCAGUGUCUCAGAGAGUUCAAGCAGCAGACUCAAUGUCUCUAACAGUUCUAGCAGCAUUGCCAUUGUGUUUGACAGUUCCAGCAGCAGUGCCAGUGAGUCCGAAAAUUCCAGCAGCGGCCCUAGUAUGUCACAGUUAUUAAGUUUAAGCAGCAGUACUAGUGUGUCGCGGAGUUCACGCAGAAUUGUUACUGUGUCGCCAAGUUCUAGCAGCAGUGCCAGUGUGUCAGACAGUUCAAGCAGCAGUCUCACUGUCUCUGACAGUUCCAGCAGCAUUGCCAGUGUGUCUGACAGUUCCAGCAGCAGCGCUAGUGUUUCAGAGUCCGUAAGUUCCAGCAGCAGUGCCAGUGUUUCUGACAGUUCCAGCAGCAGCACUAGUGUUUCAGGGUCUCUAAGUUCAAACAACAGUGCCAAUGCGUCGCCAAGUUCCACGAGAAGUGCCAGUGUGUCUGACAGUUCCAGCACCAUCGCUAGUAUUUCAGAUUCCAUAAUUUCAAGCAGCAGUACCAUUGUGUCGUCAAGCUUCAGCAGCAGUGCCAGUGUGUCCGACAGUUCCAGCAGCGGCCCUAGUGUGUCACAGUUAUUAGGUUUAAGCAGCAGUACUAGUGUGUCGCAGAGUUCACGCAGAAAUGUUACUGUGUCGCCAAGUUCUAGCAGCACUAGUGCCAGUGUGUCAGACACUUCAAGCAGCAGUCUCAGUGUCUCUGAAAGUUCCAGCAGCAUUGCCAGUGUGUCUGACAGUUCCAGCAGCAGCGCUAGUGUUUCAGAGUCAGUAAGUUCCAGCAGCAGUGCCACUGUGCCCGACAGUUCCAGCAGCAGGACUAGUUUUUCAGAGACCCUAAGUUCAAGCAGCAGUGCCACUGUGUCGCCAACUUUCCGCAGGAGUACCAGUGUGUCUCACAGUUCAAGCAGCAGCCCUAGUGUUUCAGAAUUCGUCAGUUCUAGCAGCAGUACCAUUGUGUCUGACAGGUCCAGCAGCAGCACUAGUAUUUCAAAUUCCGUAAGUUCAAGCAGCAGUACCACUGUGUCUUCAAGCUCCAGUAGCAGUGCCAGUGUCUCCGACAGUUCCAGCAGCGGCCCUAGUGUUUCACAGUUAUCAAGUUUAAGCAGCAGUACUAGUGUGUCGCAGAGUUCACGCAGACGUUUUACUGUGUCGCCAAGUUUUAGCAGCAGUGCCAGUGUGUCAGACAGUUCGAGCAGCAGUCUCACUGUCUCUGACAGUUCCAGCAGCAUUGCCAGUGUGUCUGACAGUUCCAGCAGCAGCGCUAGUGUUUCAGAGUCCGUAAGUUCCAGCAGCAGUGCCAGUGUUUCUGACAGUUCCAGCAGCAGCACUAGUGUUUCAGGGUCUCUAAGUUCAAACAACAGUGCCAAUGCGUCGCCAAGUUCCACGAGAAGUGCCAGUGUGUCUGACAGUUCCAGCACCAUCGCUAGUAUUUCAGAUUCCAUAAUUUCAAGCAGCAGUACCAUUGUGUCGUCAAGCUUCAGCAGCAGUGCCAGUGUGUCCGACAGUUCCAGCAGCGGCCCUAGUGUGUCACAGUUAUUAGGUUUAAGCAGCAGUACUAGUGUGUCGCAGAGUUCACGCAGAAAUGUUACUGUGUCGCCAAGUUCUAGCAGCACUAGUGCCAGUGUGUCAGACACUUCAAGCAGCAGUCUCAGUGUCUCUGAAAGUUCCAGCAGCAUUGCCAGUGUGUCUGACAGUUCCAGCAGCAGCGCUAGUGUUUCAGAGUCAGUAAGUUCCAGCAGCAGUGCCACUGUGCCCGACAGUUCCAGCAGCAGGACUAGUUUUUCAGAGACCCUAAGUUCAAGCAGCAGUGCCACUGUGUCGCCAACUUUCCGCAGGAGUACCAGUGUGUCUCACAGUUCAAGCAGCAGCCCUAGUGUUUCAGAAUUCGUCAGUUCUAGCAGCAGUACCAUUGUGUCUGACAGGUCCAGCAGCAGCACUAGUAUUUCAAAUUCCGUAAGUUCAAGCAGCAGUACCACUGUGUCUUCAAGCUCCAGUAGCAGUGCCAGUGUCUCCGACAGUUCCAGCAGCGGCCCUAGUGUUUCACAGUUAUCAAGUUUAAGCAGCAGUACUAGUGUGUCGCAGAGUUCACGCAGACGUUUUACUGUGUCGCCAAGUUUUAGCAGCAGUGCCAGUGUGUCAGACAGUUCGAGCAGCAGUCUCACUGUCUCUGACAGUUCCAGCAGCAUUGCCAGUGUGUCUGACAGUUCCAGCAGCAGCGCUAGUGUUUCAGAGUCCGUAAGUUCCAGCAGCAGUGCCAGUGUUUCUGACAGUUCCAGCAGCAGCACUAGUGUUUCAGGGUCUCUAAGUUCAAACAACAGUGCCAAUGCGUCGCCAAGUUCCACGAGAAGUGCCAGUGUGUCUGACAGUUCCAGCACCAUCGCUAGUAUUUCAGAUUCCAUAAUUUCAAGCAGCAGUACCAUUGUGUCGUCAAGCUUCAGCAGCAGUGCCAGUGUGUCCGACAGUUCCAGCAGCGGCCCUAGUGUGUCACAGUUAUUAGGUUUAAGCAGCAGUACUAGUGUGUCGCAGAGUUCACGCAGAAAUGUUACUGUGUCGCCAAGUUCUAGCAGCACUAGUGCCAGUGUGUCAGACACUUCAAGCAGCAGUCUCAGUGUCUCUGAAAGUUCCAGCAGCAUUGCCAGUGUGUCUGACAGUUCCAGCAGCAGCGCUAGUGUUUCAGAGUCAGUAAGUUCCAGCAGCAGUGCCACUGUGCCCGACAGUUCCAGCAGCAGGACUAGUUUUUCAGAGACCCUAAGUUCAAGCAGCAGUGCCACUGUGUCGCCAACUUUCCGCAGGAGUACCAGUGUGUCUCACAGUUCAAGCAGCAGCCCUAGUGUUUCAGAAUUCGUCAGUUCUAGCAGCAGUACCAUUGUGUCUGACAGGUCCAGCAGCAGCACUAGUAUUUCAAAUUCCGUAAGUUCAAGCAGCAGUACCACUGUGUCUUCAAGCUCCAGUAGCAGUGCCAGUGUCUCCGACAGUUCCAGCAGCGGCCCUAGUGUUUCACAGUUAUCAAGUUUAAGCAGCAGUACUAGUGUGUCGCAGAGUUCACGCAGACGUUUUACUGUGUCGCCAAGUUUUAGCAGCAGUGCCAGUGUGUCAGACAGUUCGAGCAGCAGUCUCACUGUCUCUGACAGUUCCAGCAGCAUUGCCAGUGUGUCUGACAGUUCCAGCAGCAGCUCUAGUGUUUCAGAGUCCGUAAGUUCCAGCAGCAGUGCCAGUGUGUCUGACAGUUCCAGCAGCAGCACUAGUGUUUCAGGGUCUCUAAAUUCAAACAACAGUGCCAAUGCGUCGCCACGUUCCACGAGAAGUGCCAGUGUGUCUGACAGUUCCAGCAGCAGCGCUAGUGUUUCAGAAUUCGUAAGUUUAAGCAGAAGUGCCACUGUGUCGCCAAGCUCCACCAGGAAUGCCAGUAUGUCAGACAGUUUCAAGAGCAGCCCUAGUGUUUCAGAAUUCCUACAUUCUAUCAGCAGUACCACUCUGUCGUCAAGCUCCAGCAGCAGUGCCAGUGUGUCCGACAGUUCCAGCAGCGGCACUAGUGUUUCACAGUUAUUAAGUUUAAGCAGAAGUACUACUGUGUCGCAGAGUUCACGCAGCAUUGUUACUGUUUCGCCAAGUUCUACCAGCAGCGCCAGCGUGUCAGACAGUUCGAGCAGCAGUCCAAGUGUCUCUGACAGAUCCAGCAGCAUUGCCAGUGUGUCUGACAGUUCCAGCAGCAGCGCUAGUAUUUCCGAUUCCGUAAGUUCUAGCAGCAGUGCCAUUGUGUCUUCAAGCUCCAGGAGCAGUGCGAGUGUUUUGGACAGUCCCAGCAGCAGCACUAGCAUUUCAGAUUUUGUAAGUUUUAGCAGCAGUACCACUGUGUCGUCAAGCUCCAGCAGCAGUGCCAGUGUCUCCGACAGUUCCAGCAGCGGCCCUAGUGUUUCACUGUUAUUAAGUUUAAGCAGCACUAGUAGUGUGUCGCAGAGAGCACGCAGAAGUGUUACUGUGUCGCCAAGUUCUCGCAGCAGUGCCAGUGUGUCAGACACCUUAAGCAGCAGUCUCAGUUUCUCUGACAGUUCCAGCAUCAUUGCCAGUGUGUCUGACAGUUCCAGUAGCAGCGCUGGUAUUUCAGAGUCUGUAAGUUCCAGCAGCAGUGCCAGUGUGUCUGACAGUUUCAACAGCAGCCCUAGUAUUUCAGAUCCCGUAAGUUCAAGCAGCGGUUCCAUUGUGUCGUCAAGCUCCAGGAGCAGUGCCAGUGUUUCGGUCAGUUCCAGCAGUAGCAUUAGUAUUUUAGAGUCCGUAAGUUCAAGCAGCAGUGCCACUGUGUCGCUAAGUUCCAGCAGGAGUGCCAGUGUGUCUGACAGUUCCAGCAGCGGUACUAGUGUUUCACAGUUAUUAAGUUUUAGCACCAGUACUAGUUUGUCGCAGAUUUCAAGUGUCACUGAUUUACCAAGUUCUAGCAGCAGUGCCAGUGUGUCAGACAGUUCAAGCAGCAGUCUCAGUGUCUCUGAGAGUUCCAGCAGCAUUGCCAGUGUGUCUGACAGUUCCAGCAGAACUACUAGUGUUUCAGAGUCCCUAAGUUUAAGCAGCAGUGCCACUGUGUCAACAAGUUCCAGCAGGUGUGCCAGUCUGUCUGACAGUUCCAGCAGCAGCGCUAGCAUUUCAGAUUCCGUAAGUUCAAGCAGAAGUGCCAUUGUGUCGGCAAGUUUCGGCAGGAGUGCCAAUGUGUCUGACAGUUCCAGCAGCAGCCCUAGUGUUUUAGAAUUCGUAAGUUCUAGCAGCAGUACCACUGUCUCUGACAGGUCCAGCAGCAGCACUAGUAUUUCAGACUCCGUAAGUUCAAGCAGGAGUGCCACUGUGUCGCCAAGUUUCAGCAGGAGUGCCAGUGUGUCCGACAGUUCCAGCAUCGGCACUAGUGUUUCACAGUUAUUAAGUUUUAGCACCAGUACUAGUUUGUCGCAGAUUUCAAGCAGAAGUGUUACUGUGUCGCCAAGUUCUAGCAGCAGUGCCAGUGUGUCAGAUAGUUCAAGCAGGAGACUCAGUGUUUCUGAGAGUUCCAGCAGCAUGGCCAGUGUGUCUGACAGUUCCAGCAGCAGUACUAGUGUUUCAGAGUUCCUAAGUUUAAUUAGCAGUGCCACUGUGUCAACAAGUUCCAGCAGGAGUGCCAGUCUGUCUGACAGUUCCAGCAGCAGCGCUAGUAUUUCAGAUUCCGUAAGUUCAAGCGGCAGUGCCAUUGUGUCGCCAAGUUUCAGCAGGAGUGCCAAUGUGUCUGACAGUUCCAGCAGCAGCCGUAGUGUUUCAGAAUUCGUAACUUUUAGCAGCAGUACCACUGUGUCUGACAGGUCCAGCAGCAGCACUAGUAUUUCAGAUUUCGUAAGUUCAAGCAGCAGUGCCACUGUGUCGUCAAGCUUUAGUAGCAGUGCAAGUGUGUCCGACAGUUCCAGCAGCAGCCCUAGUGUUACACAGUUAUUAAGUUUAAGCAGCAGUACUAGUGUGUCAGAGAGUUCACGCAGAAGUGUUAGUGUAUCGCCAAGUUCUAGCAGCAGUGGCAGUGUGUCAGACGGUUCAAGCAGCAGUCUCAGUGUUUCUGACAGUUCCAGCAGCAUUGCCAGUGUGUCUGACAGUUCCAGCAGCAGUGCUAGUGUUUCAGAGUCCGUAAGUUCCAUCGGCAGUGCCAGUGUGUGUGACACUUCUAGCAGCAGCGCUAGUACUUUAGAUUUUGUAAGUUCAAGCAGCAGUUCCACUGUGUCGUCAAGCUCCAGGAGCAGUGCCAGUGUUUUGGACAGUUCAAGCAGCAGCACUACUAUUUCAGAUUCCGUAAGUUCAAGCAGCCGUGCCUCUGUGUCGUCAAGCUCCAGCAGCAGUGCCAGUGUGUCCGACAGUUCCAGCAGCGGCCCUAGUGUUUCACAGUUAUUAAGUUUAAGAAGCAUUACUAGUGUGUCGCAGAGUUCACGCAGAAGUUUUACGGUGUCUCCAAGUUUUAUCAGCAGUGCCAGUGUGUCAGACACUUCAAUCAGCAGUCUCAGUGUCUCUGACAGUUCCAGAAGCAUUGCCAGUGUGUCAGACAGUUCUACCGGCAGCGCUUUUAUUUCAGAUUUCGUAAGUUCAAGCAGCAGUUCCACUGUGUCGUUAAGCUCCAGGAGCAGUGCUAGUGUUUCGGACAGUUCCAGGAGGAGCAUUAGUAUUUUAGAGUCCGUAAGUUCAAGCAGCAGUGCCACUGUGUCGCCAAGUUCCAGCAGGAUUGCCAGUGUGUCUGACAGUUCCAGCAGCAGCCCUAGUGUUUCAGAAUUCGUAAGUUCUAGCAGCAGUGCCACUGUGUCGUCAAGCUCCAGCAGCAGUGCCAGUGUGUCCGACAGUUCCAGCAGCGGCCUUAGUGUUUCACAGUUCGUAAGUUUAAGCAGCAGUACUAGCGUGUUGCAGAGUUCACGGAGUAGUGUUACUGUGACGCCAAGUUCUAGCAGUAUUGCCAGUGUUUCAGACAGUUCAAGCAGCAGACUCAGUGUUUCUCACAGCUCCAGCAGCAUUGCCAGCGUGUCUCACAGUGCCAGCAGCAGCGCUAGUAUUUCUGAUUCCGUAAAUUUGAGCAGCAGUACCACUGUGUCGUUAAGCUCCAGCAGCAGUGCCAGUGUGUCCGACGGUUCCAGCAACGGCCCUAGUGUUUCACAGUUAUUAAGUUUAAGUAGCAGUACUAGUGUGUCGCAGAGUACACGGAGAAGUGUUACUGUGUCGCCAAGUUUUAGCAGCAAUGCCAGUGUGUCAGACAGUUUAAGAAGCAGUUUCAGUGUGUCUAACAGUUCCAGCAUCAUUGCCAGUGUGUCUCAGAGUUCCAGGAGGAGCGCUAUUAUUUCGGAGUCCGUACGUUCAAGCAGCAGUACCACUGUUUUGUCAAGCACCAGCGGCAGUGCCACUGUGUCCGAGAUUUCUAGCAGCAGCCCUAGUGUUUCGCAGUUCAUAAGUUUAGGCAGCAUUACCAGUGUCUCGCAGAGUUUACGCCGAAGUAUUACUGUGGCGCCAAGUUUUAGCAGCAGUGCCAGCGUGUCAGACAGUUCGAGCAGCAGUCUCAGUGUUUCUGACAGUUCCAGCAGCAUUGCCAGUGUGUCUGACAGUUCCAGCAGCAGCACUAGUGUUUCAGAGUCCCUAAGUUCAAGCAGCAGUAGCACUGUGUCGCCAAGCUCCAGCAGCAGUGCCAGCGUGUCUGAUAGUUUCAGCAGCCGCGCUAGUGUUUCAGAGUCCGUAAGUUCCAGCAGCAGUGCCAUUGUGUCGGACAGUUCCAGCACCAGCGCUAGUAUUUCAGAUUCUGUAAGUUCAAGCAGCAGUAUUACUCUGUCGUCAAGCUUCAGCAGCGUUGCCAGUGUGUCCGACAGUUCCAGCAGCAGCCUUAGUGUUUCUCAGUCCGAAAGUUUAAGCAGCAGUACCAGUGUGUUGCAGAAUUUAAGCAGAAGUGUUACUGUAUCGUUAAGUUCUAGCAGCAGUGCCAGUCUGUCAGGCAGUUCAAGUAGCAGUGCCAGUGUGUCGGCAAGUUCAAGCAGCAGUGUGAGUGCGUUGGACAGUCCAAGCAGCCGUGUCAGGGUGUCUACAAGUUCAAUUUCAAGCCGUGUCAGCGUCUCUCCAAUUUUAAGCAGCAGUGGUAAUGUUUCUGACAGUUUAAGCAGCAGUGUCAUAGAAUCAUCAGUCCCUAUUCAUUCAACCCCAUCGGAAUCAGUACUUCUGUCUUCUGCAGUUGUUUCUGAUCCUUGUAGUUCUCUGGUUUGUCUUAACAAUGGCAUGUGCAUAGUGAAUAACAAUGGAACUACAGAGUGUGAGUGUGUCCCUGGUUUCAAAGGAUCGACUUGCGAGCAAGGUAGAGUACAAUAAUACGUAGAUGUCGGAAGUAACCGCCCCAACAAUCACAUAAAACUUAACUACAGAUAAUGACACAGUCUCUAAGCCUUAGAGUAGGCGCUGUGGCUCAAAAGUUGGCUCACUGAACGCCAGAUCGAAUGGUGGCCUGGAGUUUGAGCUCUAACCGGAGUCACUGCUUUCUCUAUCCAGGUGUAUAAUUGGGUUGUGGGGAAUGUAAUGCAGUGAUGCUGGGGUGUAAAACUGCGAUAGACUAGCCAUACAGAGGAUUAAUUAGUAUAAAUCUAACUAGCGUUCUAUCACCAGCCGUUCUGUGACUGGCUAAGCUACUCACUAUUUAUUCUGUUGUACAUAGUGAGUAUUACGGCUGUACAUGUGUGCGCUUGUUAAUAAACUUUCGGCCGCUUCUUUGCGUUUUCGAAGUGUCUGCGAAGUGGGUUUAGAUAAAGUUUUGAACUACUAGUAAAUUCAAACUAAAACACCUAGAUUAUAAGUCGCUCUCGAUUUCUAUACGUGAUAGUCACGCGACACAAAUCGAGAAAUUGUCGCUCCAUGCUACA